GACAGUGAUGAAGAGGCGGAUGAUGCCGAUGUUACACUAUGCCCUACAGCAGAGGUAGACGCAGCAGCAGCAUUAGAAAAAGCUAUUCAUUCAGCAGCUGCUGUUGCUGAAGGGAAUAUAAAUUCACAUAAAAACAAUACCAAUAAUAAUAACAACAAUAAUAAUAAUGAUGCUAAUAAUGUAGAGGAUAAUGAUAUCCUUUCAAUGUCUCAAUUAUGCCUGGCCAGUGUUGCACAAACAGAAAUCUCCUCUGAAGUAGUACGUCAACGUGCUUGUAUUGCAUAUCUCUUAGAAACAUCAACAUUUUUAUCACAUAUUCAAACUGCUAUCAAAGAUUUUCAAGCUAUGCUAUCGUCAAAAACACUAACAGAUGUAACAGAAGCGAUUGAAUUCUUUGUUGUGGCUAAACAAGCUGGAAUAAAAGGUUUAGAACAGGGCAUUCGUUUAUUAUUGGCAUUGAUUUGGUCCCAGGAAGAAGGUAUACGCAAAGCUGUUGUAGAAGCAUGUCAAAAAUUAUAUUUACAACCAGAUUCAGAAGAAUUUUAUCAACCGAAUGGUAAUUUAACAAUUGAAGGUGCUGAUUUAAUUGCAACAAAUUUAAGCAAUUUUAUACGUAAUUCAGAAAUGGGUGAUUUAGUCAGUAUGGAACGUGUUAUUCAACAAUUAAUUUCUUCUGAUCAAUUGGAUACUACGCUGAUUGAUUAUCUAUGGCAAAGAUUUAUUAAAUCAGCUAGUGGUAAAGAUAAAGAAAGCUCAGAAGAUGCUAAAUCUAUGCUAAUUAUUAUUAAAAUGAUUGUAAAACCUGGUCCUAAAGAGAUUGAUAAUUAUCUUGAUACCCUUAUACGUUAUGGACUUGAACCUACUGAAUCAUGUCCUAUUGAUUUAGAACGGGUUAAAUUCACAUGUGAAGUACUUGAACGAAUGGUUCCACCUCUUAAGUCUCGUAAAAAUGCUGAGAAAUCAUCUACCUAUGAAAAACCAUUCCGUUUGCCUACAAAUCAUGUUUUAUUUACUCGAUUGAAAACAAUUCUUAUCUCAACAAUAUCUCAAGCGAAACAAGUACUUUGGAUACCGACAAUGGAACAGGCGAUUGGUGUAAUUUAUGAUAUGGCUGAAACACCGGAUUCAAUUAUGUGUUAUCUACUACGUUCAGUUGCAGAGAAAUUAGUCCAGUUUAAAGCACCAGCCGCCUUGAGCCAAACAAAUUCAAAUCCAUCAAAUGAAGUGACAACAGAUAUUGUUAUUCCUAAUAGUCAACCAACUGAUGAUGUUGAACAAGAGAAUAUCCCACCGCCGUCGUCAGCACCAUCAUCAUCCCAGGUGAAAUCAGAUCCAGAAUUAGCCAGUUCUGUUGCUGUCAGUGUACCAACAUAUUUACUGUCUAGAUUUCUAGCUCUUAUUGGUCAGAUCGCACUGAAACAACUUAUCUUUUUAGAAUCAGCUGUUCUCACUGAAUUGAAACGUCGAGCGUCAAUUAAAGAGGAUAGAGAUUCAAAGCAUAAAUCAAAAUCAUCACGUAAAAACAAUAGACCGUCAAGAGUGUCAAUGACUGAACAAUCUGGAAAUGCUUCAGCAGCAGGUCAAUCAACUGUUGACGAAGAGUGCGGUUUAGUCGGUGUAGCCGCUGAUGAUACAGAAGCUGAGUAUAUACGUGAAAUAUGCGAUGAAGAGUUACUCAAAUCACCGGAUCUUAUCCUACAUCAUAUGUUAAAUUUUGUCACCUAUGUCUGUUCACAUCCAUCCACAUUCUCAGAUGAAACUGUCCAACAAUUCAAUUAUAAAAAAACAAAACAAGAGGCGGUGCAUCAAAAAUACUAUAAAAUAUUUACAUUUAUUGGAAAAUAA